CUUUAUUUUAGAGUAUUUUUAGUUCCGUUUCUGAAGUCGAAGUUUUUGAAUGCUGUUCGGCUCUUGGAUAUGAAGUGUAUUUAUUCCUCAAGUUUCAAUACGUUUUUGUCGAGAGAGAGGUUUUGUAUUAAUCUCUCAGUAUUAAGAUAAUUAGUGUUGCCCAAAAUCGGACUUGGUCUUGCAGUCUUGGUCUUGUUCUUGCAUAGUAAGAUCAAAAACGGGCCUGGCUGUGCAAGAUUUAAAAGCAAGAACCAGACCAAGCAUGUGCUCUUGUGUCUUGCAGCUAGGACUGAGUGUCAUUUCAGGGAGACGGCUUUGUAAAGCACCAGAGGAUUUGAUACUAUCAGGUCAAGGAGAGGCAUAUUGUAAAUGGUGUCAAGUGACCUUACAUGCCCAGAAGCAUGAUUUAAAAGUUCAUUGUAGCAGAAGAAUUCAUCAGAACAAGGCAACAAGUUUAACCAAUGGAAAACAAGAAAAGUUAAUUGACACAGGUUUACACUAUAGCAUGAGCGACGAAGAUUCCAAUAGUAGUAGUCGGAGCAGUGAGGGUUGGAGUAAUACAUCUAAAAAACCUAAGAGCAAAUUUGAUGAGUGUUUCGAAAUAAUUCAUGCGUCCCAAAUAGCUUUGUGUAAAUUGUGUCAACAUAAGAAGGUUGAAAUAAAAAUGAAAAAUAGAAACACUUCGGGCUUAAGGAAGCAUCUGAUAUCUUGUCAUAAGAAAGAAUCACUGAUAUUCCUUCCUGAAAAACCAAAUGUAGGUGGAGAUAUAAAAAGCUUUUUAAAAACAGCUGGGAAAAGUGCACAGUUCAAUGUUUUGAGCGGUUGCGAUCGUUCAGUCACGCGUAAUACGGAGCCGCGUAUCAGAAUGGCAAAUGGUUCGGCGAAAGACAAGGAAAGGGAGUUUUUAAUUGGAUGUAUAGAACUAUACAGAGAUUUACCGGCUUUGUGGCAAACUAAAAGUAAACUUUAUCAUGACCGGGACAAGAAAAAUACGGCUUACGAUAUACUGCUAGCCAAGUAUAACGAGAUGUUUCCACGGGCGACAAAGGAAGAUUUAAAAAAAAAAAUCAACAGUCUGAGAACGAACUACCGCAAAGAACUUAAAAAACAUGUAAAUUCUAUGAAAUCUGGAGCCGGUGCAGAUUCUGUAUACGAACCGACGUUAUGGUACUUUAAAGAAAUGAAUUUCUUGCGAGAUCAAGAAUUACCAUUGGACUCGGAGUCCUCUGUGGACAUUUAUAGAAGUACUCCAGCUGACGAGGAAGAGGAUAAUCAACAACAAAGAUCUGGUAGCAAUAAAACCUCUACGUCGGACAAGCAUAGGUCGCGAGAAUUACCCGAGAAUAACAAAAAGAAUGGAUAUAACGAAGAUCAGCAGGCACAGAAUGUGAGAGUGAGAGUGUUUAGACAGUACCAACACGAACCGGUGUCACCGCCGCCAAGGAGUGCUGCACGGCACCUGGCGCCUUCGAGCGAAGACCAUCAAGCGAGAGAUGAGCAUUAUUACUGGGUGAUGGCUUGUGCGGCCGAUCUCAGAAACAUGGACAGGACUCAACAGAUCUACGCGAAGAAGGCCAUCGCUGAAAUACUGAUGGAGGGGCAGUUGGGCGCGCUGAGCCGGGAAUCGGUUCGUAUAAACAAUCGUUUGGACGAUUCUAUUCUGUUGAAAAUCGGUUCGCCGCGGUCCGUGGAUGAAGCGGACUCGUUACAAAACGACCAGAGCUGAUAGUUUCUAAGAUUGGAUUAAUAGUUAUAGUUAAUUUUUAUGUACAAAAAUAAGAUUAUAGAAUUAUAUGCAAGAUGAGUCCUCUGAAUAUUCAUGGUACAUUUUGUCUGCAACUUAUUCGUAAAUCACAUUUUAUUUCGUUUUUAUCUAAGAAAUACAUAACACCUGCUAGACUGAUUUAUAUUUUAAAGUAAAACAGUAUUUUGUUCCCGCGUAUGCGUUCACGAAUUUAAUGCAAUACUUUCCAAGUACAAUGUUUCGUAUUCUUUGUAAGUUUUCCCGGCGACCGAUCUAUUGUCCGAGAUGAACCUCUUCAAGUUCGAUUCAGACCAGAACAACAGAUCCUCGCGACUAGAAUCCAGAGUUUUGUUUAUUUUGGCCAACAAAUUUGAAUUUUCCGAUAGGCUCUUCUUUAUUUUGUCCGAUGCAUUUUCUUCUUUCGUUAUUAUUGAUUUUAUAUCUGCAAGUAUAAUAUGUUAUUAAUAUAGAAAAUGUAUUGGAGAUUUAUUAAAUAUCUCUCUUAUAUAAAUUUGU